AUGGCUGGUGGUAAAGCGGGUAAAGAUUCGGGUAAAGCCAAGGCGAAAGCGGUCUCACGAUCAGCCAGAGCAGGCUUGCAGUUUCCAGUAGGUAGAAUUCACAGACAUCUCAAAAAUAGGACUACUAGUCACGGCCGUGUAGGUGCUACGGCGGCCGUAUAUUCUGCAGCUAUUCUUGAAUAUCUAACAGCCGAAGUUUUAGAGUUGGCGGGAAAUGCAUCCAAAGAUCUUAAAGUAAAACGUAUUACGCCAAGACAUUUACAACUAGCUAUCAGAGGAGAUGAAGAAUUGGACAGCCUGAUCAAAGCCACUAUUGCUGGAGGUGGUGUCAUCCCACAUAUCCACAAGUCACUCAUUGGUAAAAAAGGUGGACCGGGGGCACCUGUU